AUUGGAGUGUUUGAUUUUGUUUUUGUAAUUUUUUUUACUUAAUAAUGGGUUUCCACCAUUAAGCCCACGCCCACAACACUUUGCAAGAGAAACAAGAUAUUUUUUUCUCAAAAGAGAGAUGGAAAAGAAAGAACACAAGAGACAGAAUUUGUUGAAUUGAGUGGUAUUCCAACGUCUAAAGUAGAGAAUCUGCAUCUGAGACACACAGUAUCACUCUCCAAGCUUACAUGUCCAUCAUUGACAGAAUUUACAGCUGAAUCUGUACAUAAGCUUGUGUUGGAACAUUGCAACAACUUCUUUCGAAUAAUCAAGUUGCAGAAAUAACAAAGCUCUAAAGUUCUCAUUGACUAGAGAAGCUGUUUAGAAUGGCUGAAGUUUGUUGGCCAUAUUUUGAUCCUGAGUAUGAGAAUUUCAGCAACAGAAUUAACCCUCCAAGGGUCUCCGUGGACAAUGCUAGUUGUCGUAAUUGUACACUAAUCAAGUUUGAUAGUGUUAACAAACCUGGAAUUCUACUGGAAGUGGUGCAAAUCUUGACAGACCUUGACUUCAUAAUCACCAAAGCUUACGUAUCUUCUGAUGGAGGAUGGUUCAUGGAUGUAUUUCAUGUCACGGAUCAACAAGGAAAAAAGAUAACAGAUAGCAAAACCAUUGAUCUCAUUGAAAAGGCUCUAGGACCGAAAAGCCAGAACAAAGAUGAAUUGAAGAAUUGGUCAGGCAAACGGGUUGGGGUGCAUUCUGUUGGUGAUCAUAUAGUGAUUGAGCUAAUCGGGAGAGACCGGCCUGGUCUGUUGUCUGAGAUAUCUGCUGUUCUUGCUAGCCUCCAUUUUAACGUGGUUGUAGCUGAAGUAUGGACUCAUAACAGGAGAACAGCUUGUGUCCUUUAUGUCAAUGAUGGUGCGAGACAAGCCGUGGAUGAUCCAAAAAGAAUAUCUCUUAUGGAGGAGCAGCUCAAUAACAUUUUACGUGGAUAUGAGGAUGGAGAGAAAGUUGCUAGUAGGACCAGUUUGUCCAUGAGUUUCACCCAUAUUGAUAGGCGGCUCCACCAAAUGUUGUUUGCUGAUCGGGAUUAUGAAAGUUAUGGAGUAACAACAACAGACGUGGAAUGUCCUCCCUCUUUCCGGCCAAAAAUUACGAUAGAAUGUUGUGAGGAAAAAGGAUACUCGGUGGUUAAUGUCAGAUGCAAAGAUCGCGCAAAACUCAUGUUUGACAUUGUUUGCACUCUUACUGAUAUGCAAUAUGUUGUUUCCCAUGCCACAAUCUCAUCAGACCGCCCUUAUGCAUCGCAGGAAUACUUUAUACGCCACAUGGACGGAUGCACGCUUGAUACUGAAGGGGAAAAAGAGAGGGUCAUCAAAUGCAUUGAAGCUGCCAUUCAAAGAAGAGUAAGCGAGGGUGUGAGCCUAGAGUUGUGUGCAAAGGAUAGAGUGGGAUUGCUCUCUGAAGUAACAAGAAUUCUGAGAGAGAACGGCCUAACAGUUUGUAGAGCCGGUAUAUCAACCAGAGGGGAACAAGCUCUUAAUGUCUUCUAUGUGAGGGAUGCAUCAGGGAACUCAGUGGACAUGAAGACUAUAGAAGCACUUCGUAAAGAAAUCGGCAAGACAAUGAUGGUAGAUGUGAAGAAAGUACCAACACAUGACAAAGAACAGGAGACACGAGGAUGGGCUAAAACUAGCUUCUUCUUUGGUAACUUGUUGGAAAGGUUCUUGGCUUAACAAUCAUGCAUAUGGUUUGUUUAUGUUAUUAAUAAAGACACAUUAUGAUAUGAUGUAUAGAAGAAUAAAUCUGCUUGGGAGCAACUUUGUCAAUCCACACAGUGAUAUAAAACUACGCAUGUUUUCGGAAGUGUACUUUUGGAUGGACGUCGAGACAGCAAAAAAUUUGCAUUUUUUUUCUUCGAAUGUGUACUUGUUAGAGUUGUGGAAAGUUUCUCCCAAUCUAUUUGUGUCUUAGGAAGUGCUUCGACUUCGACCUCGACCAUUUUCAUAUCAGAAUAAUGUUUGUAACUUAUAUUUCGCCUUCUA